AUGAUAUCGCUCGUGGUUUUCGCGCUGCUGUGCGGAGCCUGCAGUACCGAGGCAGUCAGUCCGCCAUUAGGUAACGCUGGCACCGUCUUCAUAAACCCGAACAUUCGGCAAAGAGAUUCCCGACCAUUUCCGGCUGCCGGGAAUAACGGGAACUUCCGGUUCAGGAUCGAUCCUAACGGAAAUAUUGACCAGGGCACGCAGAGAGGUCAAGGUCAAGGUCGUAUUGGCGGAAACGGAAACGGAUUCGAGGAAACGGGCCGUAGGUUUAUCGAAUUGUAUAAUCGAUAUCGGAUUGUGCAAGACGGCCGACCCCAGGUGGCGCCACCCGGCUUUUACCGACCACUCACGGACCAGGAAAUACGGUCGAUCCUACGGCCCGAUGGCGCCCUCUAUAUUAUUGGCCACAGGAUACAAGAUAGAUUUAUAAGGCGUCAACUACAACGACAACAGCAGCAGCAGCAACAGCAGCAGCAGCCGAGCGGUCAGACGACGCCAGUCGUCGUCAUUCUCCCGGAAGUUAGAGCGGAAGCCAUCCCGCAGCUGUACGAACUUCUCCGAAGGGAGGGAUACCUUCAUAAAGCAAGGACAUCAUCCGUACAGAGUCGAUCCUUCGGAAGUGGCAACCAGGGCACGGGUAGAGGUCAAGGUGGAAACAUAAACGGUUUCGAGGAAACACGGAACGAAGAUAUAUCGAGUUGCGUAAUCGCUAUCAGAGUAUGCAGACGGCCGACCCCAGUGGCGCCACCCGGCUUUCAUCGACCACUCACCGGCCGCGAAAUACGGUCGAUCUACGGCAGAUGGCGCUCUCUGUAUAUUAUUGACCACACGACGCAACGACGACGACAACAACAACAACAACAACAACAACAACAACAACAACAGCAGCAACAACAGCCGAGCGGUCAGACGGUGCCAGUCGUCGUCAUUCUCCCGGAAGUUAGAACGGAAGCCAUCCUCAAGCUGUACGAAAUUCUCCAAAACAGCGGAUUCCUUCUCACGGCUAAUAACCGGGAACAGACUGAGGUUCCUGACUCAUCACACCCUCCUACAGAGAUCUCACACGCAUCUACUACGGAAUCUUCUCCUACAGACGUCUCACACACACCUAUAACCCAACCUCCUCCCCCGGACACCCCGUCUCCAAUGACGCGCGAUAUUUACUCUCCCGAACCCAUUUAUUACAGAGCCCCUAUUCACCCGUUCGAGGCUGGAGGAGGCGGGUUCAACCAGGGUAACCCUCUGCCUCCCGAACGCGUUCCUACUAAGAAAUAAUACGGAGGCAGACGGUUAUGCGUGGCAAUGAUGUUAUAGGUCACCGAUGACGCGAGCAAAUGUACGGAGAGCUGUGCUCCCCGUGUCUGUUCCCGUGUCUCUCUCUCUCUCUCUCUCUCUCUCUCUCUACCUAACCCACCCUCUCUCUCUCUGCCUCUCUUGCGCUCUCUG